CGUAAACAUAAGAUACUUUAUUAAUCACAUUUCCCAUUUAUUUGUAAUGACAAAACGGUGUCAAUAAAAACAAAAGUUUUAUCCUAAGUCAAAUGUGACAUUGAAGCAACUAACUUUUUCAGAUGGUUCUUUGUUUACUUUAAAAUAUCGAAGUUUCCUAAUGUUGCCAAUGACGGGAAUACAAUUUCAUAAAAAAGCAUAUUAUCAGAUUGAAUGAAAAAAGGUUGGCAACAGGUUGUCUGUUAGCCCAUACCUUUAAAAUACUGAUACUGUCUAUCAGAAACUCUCACAUGGUAAAUGCAUUCAAAUUCUACAUUUCCUGGGUCUAGUUGUAAAGAAGUACUGAAAUCAUUCUGCCGAUGGACCAGUGUACGUGGAUUACAACAUUUAUUACGCUCAGAACACCCAUUACUCCGAACAAUUUGGGCUAUAUUCGUAGCUCUAAUGUGUUUAGCUAAUAUUGGUUUAGUUACUUUGCUCUUGAUACAUUACUAUCAAUUUAAUACUAUUGAAAAUAUACGUACUCUACGCGGGAUUCACGUAGCCUUUCCGCAUAUCACUUUGUGCAAUGUUGAUCCAGUCAAUUCAUAUCGUGUAUAUUGUCUACAAAAUCCUAAUUCAAAAUAUUGUAAUAUCAACCCGAAGUAUUCAAAUAUUUUAACUAAAUAUCAAGAAGCUAAUCGAUACUUCAAGACAUACAAAGGUUCAACUAUAUGGCAUAAACUAGAAGACCCAAGUAUGGUAGCAAUAUUUUAUCAACUGAUAGGUAUGGAAGCAGCUAUACAAAUCGGUCAUCAAAUUGAUGAUUUCAUAAUACCAAUUUUUUGUGAAGUGACUACAAGGGAGAAAGGUGGAAUAUUGAUGAAACGAAAAUGUGAAGAAGCUGGUAUUCAAGGUUUGCACUUAAUUACCUACAAAUAUUUUAACUGUUAUACUUUAUCAAUGGAAAAUAGUCACAUAAGUCACAAUGCUGUUAGAUUGUCAAUGAUAUUGUAUCUGGAUGAAGAAGAAGAUUUAAAUUGUCGACCCUAUUGUACACAUGAAUUUACAGAAUGGGCUGGGAGUAAAAUUGUCGUUCAUUCACCCAGUUCAUAUCCUGACAUUGAAGCAUCUGCUUUGAAUUUAUUGCCGGGAGCUUCGAACCAAAUUCUUAUCGACGGUAUGCAUCGUAUUGAAAAAAAGAAUAUGGAAUCAAAACCAUGUGAAAAUAAUGAGCGAAAUUUCUCCAUUGUCUAUUUUGAUCAUGCUCAACAAAAAUUUAAUCAACGAACUAUGGGCUAUACAGAUACUUUAUGUAUACAGUUGUUAAUACAAAGUGCAAUAAUGGAAGAAUGUCAAUGUAUUGAUUUUCUGAUGCCCAUACCUGGUAUAAAAAUGGAACUAGUUAAUCAGUUACCAUUUUGUGGUAAUUUAUCACGUUCCACUGUUAAUGAAAGUCUUGAUUGCAGUCAACAGGUGAGACAAAAGAACUCAAAGCAUUUCCGUCUUUUAUGCCCGAUUCCAUGUGUGCAAAUGCAAUAUAAUUAUGAAUUGACUCAAUUAAGAUGGCCACAAAAGCCACGUAUAUUAAAUUAUUAUGCUCAGUUGAAAGAUCGUUUUGAUUAUAACCGAAAAUUUGAUAUUUAUGAGAAGAUUGAAGAGAUCUCUAUGAUCAAUGCAACACAAGCUUUAACUAUGCUUCAAGACACGGAUAUAUUUGAAAAGAAUUUUCUACAUGUUGAUGUUAAUCGUCCAAAUUUUGAUACAUUAAUGUCAUAUAGAGAAAAUGAAGAAUACACUUUACCAACAUUAUUAAGUCAAAUUGGUGGAAUUUGUAGUAUAUUUCUAAGUUUCACCUGUGUUACAGUAUUAGAAAUUAUUGAAUUAUUAUGUAGAUUAAUCAUUAUUGCUUUUCCAAGAUUUCUAACUGUUUCCAAAAAUACAAUACAUUAUUUAAAUAAGAAAACUUUAAAAUUGGAUAAUCCUACAUUUACCAAUAGUACUAAAAAUAAAAGUAAUCGUACAAUAGUUGAACCAACAAAGAACUUAUCAACACUUUCAUAUAAAAAAGAUCAAAAUCAUAAACCUUGUGAUAACUGCCGUAAUUAUACAAAAUCUACGAUUAAAAAUAUAAUGAUUGAUAAUAAUGAUAAUGAAAUCAAUUAUUUACAAGAAAUGUUACUUACUACUAAUACAAAUCAUAGUAGUAGUAAUAAUAUCAAUAAUAAUAAUAUUAAACUUAGAGGACAAUCUUAUGUUGGUUUAACUAAUUAUCAAAUAAAAAAAUAUCUAACUGAUAAUUUUAUACAAAUACAUGAAACCGAUGAUAAUUACAUUUUACAUAAACCUAGAAUGCAGAUUUUCAACCCAAAUCAGACAAUAUAUACUUUAGAUAAUUCAUUCACAAAUCAUUCACAAAAUAUUUUAAAUCAAAAUAAUGAAUUCAUAAAUUAUAAUAAUUUAUUGAAUAAUUUAAAUUAUUAUAAAUCAAUAACUAAUCAAAAUUUAGUAACUAUGACAACAACAAAUAUAAUUAAAUCAAAAUCAUUUCCUAAUUUAUUUUCAUUACAUUAAAUAUAAUUAAUAAGUUCGAUUAAUAAUGUUUAUUAGAGAUGAGAAUGAUUGAUGGAUUUAUUGAUUUUUUUAUAAAAAAAAUGUUCCGAUAAGAAUGGAACUUAACAAAUUAUGAUUGUAAAAUGUAUUAAUUUUAUUAUUUCUUUUGAUACUACUAAAAUAGCUCAAAUGUAUCUAAUAACUUGUAUAUGAUUAAUAUUUUAUGGAUAAUAGUUUAUAAUUGAUCAUUAUGUACAUUUAAAUGAAAGAUGAAAAGGGUGAACAUUAUGAAAUUAUCUCAGGUUUAUUUUAUCAUUUGAAAUUCCUUGUGUUUUUUUUCAAAAAAAAAAUAAGAAAAAUGGUUUUUGGAUUGUCUACAAAUACAGAUCAAUCAUAAGAUCAAUUGAAAUAACUCUCUGAAUCAAUAUCUAUAGAUUAAAGGAUUUGUUUCACUAACUGAAUGAUUUAGUUGCGUACCUGUAUAAAAUAUUUGAUUAUCGAUAGUGAUUUACAUUAAUUUUUGUGUUUAGUAAAACAAAAAUAAUCAAAAUGAAUUGACUCAACCAUUAUUGUAGUGAUCCUAUUCAUGUCGAUUAUAAAACAAUUUACCAUUGUUUUUUUGUAUUAAAUAGUUGACACCCAGUUAAAUCCUCAUAUAAUUCACCUUUCUAGUAAGUUUUAAUUAUUUGUUUCAAUUAUUUCGACCUGUAAUAAUUUUUUUGGAUAGAAAUUGAAAUACGAAUCAGUCAUGUAUUAAUAUCUUAUACUUUUUAUUACUUUCUAAUGAAGUGGUUACUAGUGUGGCGUAGUGAAAAUUUAUACAACUGCUUUUCAUUUUUACUUUGAUUUUAAUCACAAUCCAAAGUGGUUAAUUAUUCUCAUAUGCUCUAGAUCAGCAAGGAUAGAUAAAUCAGUAAGUAAUUAUUAUACUGCCAAAACAACCAGAUUUACAAUUAUUUGAUCACUGGGUGGAGGUCAAUGUCAUGUAUAGCAGGCCGUUCUUAGUGUAGAUCGAAUCCUAUCGACCAAGUUGCAAUGUGGUCACCAGUCUGGGUGACUUGAUAUUGAGUGUACUAUGUUGAAAUAAGAUGAUGGUUGGAGGUAGUCAACAGGAAACCCUGUACCUAGGUUCCGUGCUACUUGGCACUCGUCAACAAAGUGUAC